AAGGGCAAGCACUCUGAGGACUAAACAUCACUCUGCUAUCAACAGUCAACAUGGGCGAACCUCUGAGAUUUGAUGGGAAAGUUGUGUUGGUGACAGGAGCUGGACAAGGUCUUGGCAGGCAGUAUGCCAUACAGUUUGCAGAACGUGGGGCGUCAGUUGUUGUGAAUGACCUUGGAGGCAGUUUCAAAGGUGAAGGUCAGAGCACCCGGGCAGCGGACAAGGUUGUCGAUGAGAUCAGGGCCAAGGGAGGCAAGGCUGUGGCCAAUUAUGACUCGGUGGAGUUUGGAGAAAAGUUGGUGGAAACUGCUAUCAAGGAGUUUGGAAGGAUAGAUAUUGUUAUCAACAAUGCUGGCAUCCUUAGGGACAAGUCUUUCGCCAGAGUCAGCGACUUGGACUGGGACCUGAUCCAGAAAGUCCAUCUGCGGGGCUCUUUCUCCGUCUCCAGGGCUGCCUGGCCUCACAUGAAGAAAAACAAUUUUGGCAGGAUCAUCAUGACCUCCAGUGUUGCUGGCAUAUUUGGAAACUUUGGACAGGCAAACUACAGUGCAGCUAAGCUAGGUCUGGUUGGUCUGAGCAACACGCUGGCUAUCGAGGGGAGGAAGUAUAACAUCACAAGUAAUGCUGUUGCCCCAACUGCUGGCUCCCGACUUACUGAGACUGUCAUGCCCCCAGAGUUGGUUGCUGCACUGAAACCGGAGUUUGUGGCACCACUGGUCCUGUAUCUGUGUCAUGAGAACACCCAGGAAUCCGGCAGUCUGUUUGAGGUUGGGGGAGGAUGGGUCGCCAAGUUGCGCUGGCAGAGGACUGUAGGUGCCAUCUGCAGGGAAGCCUCAACGCCAAUGACACCAGAGUCAGUGCGUGACCAGUGGGAGAAGAUCACAGACUUCUCUGACUCGACCAACCCGACCACUAGCAUGGAAACAACCAAGCACCUGAUCAGUGUCCUCGGGGAGCUUGACGGGUUUGGGCAGAACUCCCAGCCGCAGAGACCUCCCUCCUCCAGUGGAAAUGGGGGCAUUGAUGUGGAACUGGCAAAGUCAGCUAAUGUAAAGCCAUCAACAUUUGAAUACACCCCAAAGGAGGCCAUCCUGUAUGCUUUGUCAAUUGGGUACACAACUCGUGAUGAAGAUCACCUCAAGUUCCUGUAUGAAGGAAGUGAAGAUUUCAGCGUGGUUCCUAGCUUCUCAAUUCUCCCAUCCCAGGCUGGCACUGCUGGGCUCUUCACUGGGGGAAUCCCUGGCCUCAGUGUAGAUGUCACCAAGAUUCUACAUGGAGAGCAGUAUAUGGAGUUGUUCAAACCAUUUGCCCCCAGUGGGAAGCUGACCUCAAAGGCUCGCAUUGUUGACGUUCUUGACAAGGGUGUGGGUGCUCUCAUUGUUAUUAAUGUGGACACAUUUGAUGAGAAGAACGAGAAGGUUGCAUUCAACCAGUCAGCCAUCAUGGUAAUUGGAGCAGGAGGAUUCCAGGGAGCCAAGUCCUCCUCAGAACUCAAGCCAAUGAUUAAAGCCCCGACACGUGCACCCGACUCUUCCAUGGCAGAGAAGACAAGUGUGGACCAGGCUGCUCUGUACCGGCUGACCGGGGACAGGAAUCCCCUCCAUAUUGACCCCAGCUUUGCUGCUAUGGGAGGCUUUAAGGAGCCAAUACUCCACGGCAUGUGCAGCUUUGGCUUUGCAACCCGACAUGUGCUCAAGAAAUAUGCUAACAAUGAUGUCUCUAAGAUCAAGGCUAUAAAGGUGCGUUUCUCGAAGCCUGUCUUACCUGGGCAGACAUUGCAGACAGACAUGUGGAAGGAUGGAAACAGGAUCUUCUUCCAGUGCAAAGUUGUUGAGAAUGGGUCAGUGUGCCUGUCUGGGGCCUACAUAGACCUGUAUGAGGGUGCUACAGAAAGUCAGGCCAGCUCAAAGGGUAGCAGCAACAUGGCUUUGAAGAGCGAUGCUGUGUUCAAGGGAAUGAUUGAGCAGUUGAAGGGGAGAAAGGGUGUUGCUAAGAAAAUUAACGCUGUCUUUGUGUGGGAAAUCACCCAGGGAGGCAAGAAAGUUGCUGAAUGGACUGCUGACAUGAAGACAGGUGAGGGAUCAGUAUACGAGGGAACUCCAAAGAGCGGCAAGGCAGACUGCACUGUUGUCAUAUCCGAUGAUGACCUGGUCGAUCUUGUCACAGGAAAACUAAACGGACAGCAGGCAUUUAUGUCGGGAAAGAUGAAACUGAGAGGAAACAUCAUGUUGGCCCAGAAGCUUGGCGAACUGUUCAAGGACCAGGCCAAGUUGUAACACCCAUGCUACGCACAUUCUGAUAUCUGUGAUUUUAUAUUAACUCUUAUACAUUAACAACAGUGUUCAUUGCCAUGUGGAAUAAUACUGGGGGACUGACGAGUUUAUAAAAGGAAGUCGACAUAUAUAUUUAUAUUUUAUGAAGUCUGGUUGAAGGUUACCAGUUUACAUAAGUGAUUGAUUUUUGACAAUAAAAUGUGCUCAUAUAAAUCAUCCAAGAUGUUGAUAGCAAGCUAUAUUGUAAUUGAACAAUUUUAAGACUAGUUAUCAUUUUCUAUACAUGUUUUAAUUUUCCGUAUGUUAGUGUAUCACUUAAUUGUACCGGGUAUUGGAAUAAAUGAUUGAGUGUAUUUUGUAAGUAUAUUAUGUAUACAUAAACAAUCAUUUUCACUGUAAUAAAGAAUUUAAUGGAUCA